AUGACUGUGCCAAGAAACUUUAUGAAGAUAAUGAAAGAAAAUACAAAUAUUCAAAUAACAAAAAUUAAACAAAAAAUCCAGCAAUUAAUCAAUCAGACUACUGCCGAGAAUGAGGCUCAAAAAAAACUUCUCAAUUACUUAUUUAGAAAACUUGAUGAAUUAAAAGAGAUAGAAACCAUGGAAAGAUUAAAAGAAUAUGCGGGAGAAAGGAUAAGAGCAGGAGAAGCUGAAUUUAUUUGUGGCAUUGGUUCAGGAGACAUUCUUUUAAUCGGGGAUGGACAAAGAGAAGCAACCAUGAGUUUAAAUUUACAAACUAGUAAAAUAGAACCCGAUCCAGUCAAAGAGUUAUUAGAAAAACAUGGGUGGGAGGAUAAGGAAAAUAAUAAUGAGUUUUAA